CAGGCUCUUUAACCCUCCCUUGCCCAGGGGAACUUAACCUGCAGAAAGUAGAGAAGCCAAGGGCCGCUGUGUCUGCUCCCCCGAGUCGGCCUCCCGCAGCCCUAGGCUCCACCGCCCGCGCCAACGCGGCGCCCCGCCCCGGGCAGGGAGGUCGGUACGAGGGGAGGGCUUGCCAGGUGAGGCGCGGUCACCCUGGGCCUCUCACUUCCGCCCAGGUGAGGGAGGGCCGACGCCGCGCCCUCCAACCCGCCAGCCCGAUCUGGGCUCCCACCCGCGCCUUCACCGGACCAGGUUUCUUUAAAGUGAUUGAAGACACUAAUUCAAAAUGCCUGAAAAUCCUGCUACAGAUAAACUGCAGGUCCUGCAGGUUCUGGAUCGCCUGAAAGUGAAAUUGCAGGAGAAGGGUGACACGUCGCAGAAUGAGAAGCUGUCUAUGUUUUAUGAGACACUAAAGAGCCCUCUCUUCAACCAGAUACUCACACUUCAGCAGUCCAUCAAACAACUCAAAGGGCAGCUCAGCCAUAUACCCUCGGAUUGUUCAGCCAACUUUGAUUUUUCUAGGAAAGGUUUAUUAGUGUUCACGGAUGGUGCCAUUACUAAUGGGAAUGCCCAAAGGUCCUCUAAUAACUCAACUGCUUCUGGGUUACUUCCUUGGACCCCUAAGUUGGCAAGUGAAGACUUUAACUCAAUCAUUCAACAGAUGGCUCAGGGCCGGCAAAUUGAAUAUAUAGAUAUAGAACGGCCUUCAACUGGAGGCCUUGGAUUCAGUGUGGUGGCUCUUAGAAGUCAAAAUCUGGGAAAAGUUGAUAUUUUUGUGAAGGAAGUACAGCCAGGGAGUAUAGCGGACAGGGAUCAAAGGUUAAAGGAAAAUGACCAAAUAUUGGCUAUUAAUCACACGCCACUGGAUCAGAACAUUUCCCAUCAGCAAGCAAUUGCAUUAUUACAACAAACCACUGGAUCUUUGAGUCUGGUUGUGGCCCGGGAACCAGUCCAUACAAAAAGCAGUACUUCUACCAGCCUAACCGAUACUAUUCUGCCUGAAACAGUUUGCUGGGGCCAUAUUGAAGAUGUUGAGCUCAUUAAUGAUGGCUCUGGAUUAGGUUUUGGAAUAGUUGGAGGAAAAUCAAGUGGUGUGGUUGUGAGGACUAUAGUUCCUGGAGGAUUAGCAGAUCGAGAUGGAAGACUCCAGACAGGGGAUCACAUCUUGAAGAUUGGUGGCACAAAUGUGCAGGGAAUGACCAGUGAGCAAGUUGCGCAAGUACUGAGGAACUGUGGGAAUUCAGUCAGGAUGCUUGUUGCAAGAGACCCAGUUGGUGAAAUUUCUGUGACCCCUCCUACGCCUGCAGCCUUACCUGUUGCCUUGCCUGCUGUGCCAAACGGGAGCCCUAGUUCUGAUAAUUCUACUCUUUUUGAAACUUACGAUGUUGAGCUCGUUAAAAAAGAUGGACAGAGUCUGGGGAUUAGAAUUGUUGGCUAUGUUGGAACUGCUCAUACAGGGGAAGCUUCAGGGAUUUAUGUGAAAAGUAUAAUACCUGGCAGUGCUGCAUAUCACAAUGGCCAAAUCCAAGUGAAUGACAAAAUCGUUGCUGUCGAUGGUGUGAAUAUUCAGGGUUUUGCCAACCAGGAUGUUGUUGAAGUGUUACGAAAUGCAGGGGAAGUGGUCCACCUGACUCUAGUUCGAAGGAAGACACCCUCAGCAACUUUUCCACUUGAACAGCCUUCCGACAGAGGAACUGGUAUAGAAUCACCGAAAACACCAGCCCUCUUUCUAACUGGAGCAGUGGAAACGGAAACUAAUUUGAAUGGGGAAGAUAAGGCAACUGAAGACAGAAUGGAUAAUCUAAACAAUGACAACACACAAGCCUUAGAAAACCUGGAAAGAGCCCCUGACUCUCCAGAAAAUGAACUGAAAUCCAGAUGGGAAAAGCUCUUGGGCCCUGACUAUGAAGUAAUGGUUGUUACUUUGGACACACAGAUUGCAGAUGAUGCUGAAUUACAGAAAUAUUCUAAGCUCCUGCCCAUUCACACUCUGAGGCUUGGCAUGGAAGUGGAUUCCUUUGAUGGGCACCAUUAUAUCUCUUCGAUUGCUCCAGGUUGUCCUAUUGAUGCACUGAGCCUCCUUCAGCCAGAGGAUGAGCUUCUUGAGGUCAAUGGUGUGCAGCUCUAUGGGAAAUCCCGUCGAGAAGCAGUCUCCUUUCUUAAAGAAGUGCCACCCCCCUUUACCUUGGUUUGCUGUCGACGGUUGUUUGAUGAUGAAGCCUCUGUAGAUGAACCAAGGAUCACUGAAGCCUCCCUUCCUGAGACUGAGGGUGACCACAAUAUAGAUGUCAAUACUGAAGAAGAUGAUGAUGGGGAAUUAGCCCUAUGGUCUCCCGAAGUCAAGAUCGUUGAACUAGUAAAAGAUCAUAAAGGCUUGGGAUUCAGCAUUUUGGAUUACCAGGACCCCUUAGACCCCACAAGAUCAGUGAUUGUGAUUCGUUCCCUGGUGGCAGAUGGUGUUGCAGAAAGAAGUGGAGAACUAUUACCGGGAGACCGCCUGGUCUCAGUCAACGAACACUGUUUGGACAACACCGCCCUUGCUGAAGCUGUGGAAGUGCUGAAAGCUGUGCCACCAGGCACUGUGCGCCUUGGCAUCUGUAAGCCUUUGGUGGAAGAUGAUAAACAAGAAGAAAGUUAUUAUAUUUUACAUUCAAAUACUAAUGAAGACAAGAGUGAAAUUUCAGGAACAAUUCAUGAUAUAAAUUCAUCUUUAAUACUUGAAGCACCUAAGGAAUUUAGAGAUGAACCCUUUUUUAAAGAAGAACUUGUGGAUGAACCAUUUCUAAAUUUGGGAAGGUCAUUCCAGUCCCAACAAAAAGAGAUAGACAACAGCAAGGAGGCCUGGGAAAUGCAGGAAUUUCUGACUCCAAGGUUGCAGGAAAUGGGUGAAGAAAGAGAAAUGCUUGUUGAUGAAGAAUAUGAGCUAUAUCAAGAUUGCUUUCAGUCCAUGGAGUUGUACCCCUCAUCGCAUAUUCAAGAGGCCGCUCCUGCUCCAUCCAGGAAGGAACUUUACUUUGGCACACAGUGGUUACAUGACAGUGAACCACCUGAGUCUCAGGAAGCAAGGUCCGUGAUGAGUAUGUAUUCCCAGGAGACCCAGCAGUAUGGCUACAGCCCUGAAGACAUGAUGAAAGAAGAUUUUGGCAUCGAUUCCCUCCCCUCCAUACCCUCAACUGAAGAAAACAGUCAACAAGGCAGAUUUGAUGAUCUGGAGAAUCUUAAUUCAUUAACAGAAAGCAGUCUGGAGUUAGGCAUGGUGAUUCCGAAUGAUGUCCAAGGUCCUGGCUUGCUUGUUGAACUUCCUGUUGUGGCUCAAAGGAGGGAGCAAGAAGAUUUGCCGUUAUACCAACUCCCCAGGACCCGAGUGGUUUCUAGGACCUCGGCAUACACAGGAAUGUCAUCUUCUAGACACGCCACUGAUGCAUACGAAUUACCUGAGAGAGAAGAAGGUGAAGGAGAAGAAACUCCAAAUUUCAGCCACUGGGGUCCACCAAGAACUGUUGAGAUUUUUAGAGAACCAGAUGUAUCUCUUGGUAUUAGCAUUGUUGGUGGGCAAACUGUUAUAAAACGCCUGAAGAAUGGAGAGGAGCUUAAAGGCAUAUUUAUCAAACAAGUUUUAGAAGACAGUCCGGCAGGAAAAACAAACGCUCUAAAAACUGGAGAUAAAAUCCUUGAGGUCAUUCCUAGUGUGCAUAACAAGGCCAACAAAAUCGCCAAUAACCAGGAGCAAGACACUCAAGAAAACAAAGAAAAGAGGCAAGGAACUGCUCCGCCUCCAAUGAAACUGCCACCUCCCUAUAAAGCUCCAUCUGAGGACAGUGAUGAAAAUGAAGAAGAAUAUGCAUUUACCAACCAAAAAAUCCGGCAAAAAUAUGCAGAUCUGCCUGGAGAAUUGCACAUUAUUGAACUUGAAAAGGAUAAGAAUGGACUUGGACUCAGCCUUGCUGGUAAUAAAGACAGGUCACGCAUGAGCAUAUUUGUGGUGGGAAUUAACCCAGAAGGACCUGCUGCCACGGACGGACGAAUGCGUGUUGGAGAUGAGCUGUUAGAGAUAAACAAUCAGAUCCUGUAUGGAAGAAGUCACCAAAAUGCAUCUGCGAUUAUUAAGACUGCACCAUCAAAGGUCAAGCUGGUUUUCAUCAGAAAUGAAGACGCAGUCAAUCAGAUGGCCGUUACUCCCUUUCCAUUACCAUCAAGUUCUCCAUCUUUUAUUGAGGAUCAAAGUGGCACCGAACCUGUUAGUAGCAAGGACGAUGGCAGUCUCAGAGUCAGCAUUAAACAAUUGCCUGGAACUGACAGCUCCAUACUGGAAGACAUCUCCCAGGCGGUUGGCCAAGGUGUGGUGGCAGAGCAGCAGAGGACACUGGAGUGCCCAACUGACGACGCCCCAGGGACAGCCUGGUGCUUCACUGCCUCCACCAGAAUCUUCCAGCUGGGGAUGGGCUCCCUGGCUAACUACAGAUCCAGAAGGCAGGCUGUCAGCCAGAUGAAACAACAAAAAUAUUCGACAAAAGUCUCUUUCAGCUCACAAGAGAUACCUUUAGCACCAACUCCAUCAUACCAUUCAACAGAUGCAGACUUCACAGGCUAUGGUGGUUUCCAGGCUCCUCUGUCAGUGGACCCUGCCACGUGUCCCAUUGUCCCUGGCCAGGAAAUGAUUAUAGAAAUAUCCAAGGGACGUUCAGGGCUUGGUCUCAGCAUUGUGGGAGGAAAAGACACACCCUUGGAUGCUAUUGUUAUACAUGAAGUCUAUGAGGAAGGCGCGGCAGCCAGAGAUGGAAGACUUUGGGCUGGUGACCAGAUAUUGGAGAAAACCAUCACCCUGAAAAUAAACGGAAGCGGAGUGUUUAUAUCUGACAUCGUGAAAGGUGGAGCCGCAGACCUCGAUGGGAGAUUGAUUCAGGGAGAUCAGAUCUUAUCUGUGAAUGGGGAGGACAUGAGAAAUGCCUCACAGGAGACAGUGGCCACUGUCCUCAAGUGUGCCCAGGGGCUUGUGCAGCUAGAGAUUGGAAGACUCCGAGCUGGUUCCUGGGCCUCCUCAAGGAAGACAUCACAGAACAGUCAGGGGAGUCAGCAAAGCACUCACAGCAGCUUGCCUCCUUCCCUUGCUCCUGUCAUCACCAGCCUUCAAAACCUGGUCGGCACAAAAAGAACUUCAGAUCCUUCCCCCAGAAAUUCAGGCACAGAUCUGGGACCAAGGACUGUUGAGAUAAUCAGGGAGCUCAGUGAUGCCCUUGGAAUCAGUAUUGCUGGAGGAAAAGGAAGUCCCCUAGGAGAUAUCCCAAUAUUUAUUGCCAUGAUUCAGGCCAACGGUGUGGCUGCACGUACACAGAAGCUUAAAGUUGGAGAUCGGAUUGUCAGCAUUAAUGGGCAACCUUUGGAUGGGCUGUCUCACGCGGAUGUGGUUAAUCUGCUGAAGAACGCCUACGGUCGCAUUAUCCUGCAGGUUGUGGCAGAUACCAAUAUAAGCGCCAUAGCAACUCAGCUUGAAAACUUGUCUACGGGCUACCACCUUGGUUCACCCACUGCUGAACACCAUCCGGAAGACAGAGAGGAGCAGCUGCAGAUGACGGCCGAUUGAAGCGAGGUGAUCAAAUUUUAGCUGUUAAUGGCGAGACUCUAGAAGGUGUUACUCAUGAGCAAGCGGUGGCCAUUCUAAAGCGCCAGAGAGGGACU